AUGGACGACGGCGAUAGUGCCGUCCGGAGCGUCGACAAGGCCGGCGCCGCCCCGGGCGACGACGGCAGCGCGACACCGCUCCCUGAGACGGUUCAAAUUGGCAAUUCGCCUACUUACAGACUUGACAGAAAGCUUGGAAAGGGAGGAUUUGGGCAAGUAUAUGUUGGUCGCCGUAUUUCCUCUCCUAGUGUUAGUGACAGGACGCCCGGUGCAAAUGCUUUAGAGGUUGCAAUCAAAUUUGAACAUCGAACCAGCAAAGGUUGCAACUAUGGUGCUCCUUAUGAGUGGCAAGUUUACAACACUCUUAGCGGAAUUCAUGGCGUACCAAGAGUACACUACAAAGGGAAGCAGGGAGAGUAUUAUAUAAUGAUUAUGGACAUGUUGGGGCCAAGCCUGUGGGAUGUUUGGAAUAAUAACUCUCACUCUAUGUCUGUUGAAAUGGUGGCUUGCAUUGCUAUAGAAGCAAUUUCCAUACUGGAGAAGAUGCACUCAAAAGGGUACGUCCAUGGAGAUGUAAAACCUGAAAACUUUUUGCUUGGACCUCCAGGCACCAUAGAAGAGAAGAAACUUUUUCUUGUUGACCUUGGUUUAGCUACCAGAUGGAAAGACACUGGUACAGGAGAGCAUGUUGAAUAUGAUCAGAGGCCUGAUGUCUUCAGAGGAACUGUUCGGUACGCUAGUGUGCAUGCUCAUUUGGGGAGAACUGGAAGCAGGAGGGAUGACCUGGAAUCUCUUGCCUACACACUUGUAUUUCUUCUGCGUGGUCGCCUUCCUUGGCAAGGAUACCAGGGGGAGAAUAAAGGUUUCCUUGUCUGCAAGAAAAAGAUGGCAACUUCUCCGGAAUCUUUGUGUUGCUUUUGCCCACAACCUUUCCGACAAUUUAUUGAGUAUGUUGUGAACUUAAAGUUCGAUGAAGAACCAAACUAUGCAAAGUGCAUUUCUCUUUUUGAUGGAAUUGUUGGUCCAAACCCAGACAUAAGGCCAAUCAAUACAGAUGGUGCUCAGAAGGUAGGCCAGAAGAGAGGUCGCCUUAUGAUGGAGGAAGAUGAUGAUGAGCAGCCCAAAAAGAAGAUUAGGAUGGGAAUGCCUGCGACCCAAUGGAUUAGUGUUUACAAUGCCAGGCGGCCUAUGAAACAGAGGUAUCACUACAAUGUUGCAGACAGCAGGUUAGCUCAGCACAUUUCAAAGGGAAAUGAAGACGGCUUAUUUAUAAGCUCUGUCGCCUCUUGUUCUAAUCUGUGGGCUUUGAUAAUGGAUGCUGGCACUGGAUUUACUUCUCAAGUGUAUGAACUUUCUCCAUAUUUUCUUCACAAGGAAUGGAUAAUGGAGCAAUGGGAGAAGAACUUCUAUAUCACUGCGCUAGCAGGGGCAAACAAUGGCAGUUCACUGGUGGUCAUGUCAAGAGGAACACAAUAUGCCCAGCAGUCCUACAAAGUAAGCGACUCAUUCCCUUUCAAGUGGAUAAACAAAAAGUGGAAGGAGGGUUUUUAUGUUACUGCUAUGGCCACAGCAGGAAGUCGGUGGGCAGUGGUCAUGUCCCGGAAUUCUGGCUUUUCGGCACAGGUUGUGGAGCUUGACUUCUUGUAUCCAAGUGAGGGUAUCCAUCGACGCUGGGAUAAUGGAUUUCGCAUCACGUCUACUGCAGCUACAUGGGAUCAGGCAGCGUUUAUCUUGAGCAUCCCCAAAAGGAAACCUGCUGAUGAAACACAGGAAACCCUAAGAACGUCUGCUUUCCCCAGCCAGCAUGUGAAGGACAAAUGGGCGAAAAAUCUCUACUUAGCUUCCAUUUGCUAUGGAAGAACAGUGUCAUGA